UUUUAAACAAAAAUGGCAUAACCAUUUGAUAAGCAGUAAUCAGAUAAAGGCAUAACAUGAAACCAUAUACAAACAGCAUUAGUAAAAGUCGAGAAGAUUUAGUAACUCCGUCAAAAAUUAGACAACAUACAUUCAUACACCAUCAUGGCAGUAGUCCAAAUCUCUAUCAAGAUCAGACGGAUAACAUCAGAAGAAGCAUGGCCUGCAUUCAAGAUGAACUGGGACACUUAGGACUAGCCGCUACAGACUUGCCAUUUAAAGCCGAUACACCUCAUUUACCACAUACCAAUAUUGAUAUAGAUGGAACAGACAGCAGUGCUGAAAAUACAUGUCAACAUCGAUGGCCUCCCAACUCGGGCACCUUCGGUCAUAACGAUAAGCCAAUUGGUUGGAUGUACGGAUUACUCGGUUGCAUGAAACCGGUUUUAUCGUUUAUAGGCAAAGCUGGUGUUAUCGAAAUUAAAAAUCCGAAAAGUGAAGAUUGGGAAAUACCUUUUGAGUCUAUAACUGAUUUAGAAUGGCUGGGUAGUGGCGCACAAGGAGCAGUAUUUAGUGGUAAAUUAAAAAAUGAAACUGUAGCUGUUAAAAAAGUAAAGGAAUUAAAGGAAACGGAUAUAAAACACUUGCGAAAACUAGAUCAUGUUAAUAUUAUUAAAUUCAAGGGUGUAUGCACACAAUCACCAGUGUUCUGCAUUAUUAUGGAAUUUUGUCCAUAUGGUCCAUUGCAGAAUAUUUUGAAAGAGAAUGAAGUUAUGUUACCCUCUCGUUUGGUAUCAUGGUCAAAGCAAAUAGCAAAUGGCAUGCAAUAUCUGCAUUCUCACAAAAUUAUACACAGAGACUUGAAAAGCCCAAACAUACUGAUAAGUACAAAUGAAGUGGUAAAAAUAAGUGAUUUUGGUACUAGCCGAGAGUGGAAUGAAAUAAGUACAAAAAUGAGUUUUGCUGGUACAGUUGCUUGGAUGGCACCGGAGGUUAUACGCAAUGAACCAUGCUCAGAAAAAGUUGAUAUAUGGUCGUACGGUGUUGUACUUUGGGAAAUGUUAACCUGUGAAAUACCAUAUAAGGAUGUUGAUUCAUCAGCAAUAAUUUGGGGUGUAGGCAAUAAUUCACUUAAAUUACCAAUUCCCUCCAGUUGUCCAGAAGGUUUUAAACUAUUAGUUAAACUUUGUUGGAAAACAAAACCUCGAAACCGUCCCUCAUUUAAAGUUAUUUUAAGUCACUUAGACAUUGCCGGUCCAGAGUUAUUACGAACAACUGAAAAGCAAUACUUUGAGACUCAAAGAUCAUGGAAAGAAGAAGUUCGAUCGCACCUAAAGGAAAUUACACAAAAUGGUACAAGCAUACAUAAAUUUGAACAAGAUUUAAUUAAGCGACGAACAGAUGAGUGGCGACAUGCAAGAGAUAUACGUAUGGUGUACGAGGAUAAACUCGAAAAAACGAAUCGACUUUAUCUAGAACUAAGUGAAUGCAUGACACAACUACAAGAAAAACAAAAAGAAAUUGCAGAGCGAGAGAAGAAACUUCCAGGGUACAAACCAACAAGACGAUUGGGAAGUACACUUCGUAAAAUGCAGUAUUAUAGAAGGAGGCUUAAUGGACCAGCAAUCUUAAAUAAUGCUCAACAGCAAUCGUCAACUCCAGACCCAGAAACUACACCAGAGAGUCCUGUUCAAUGCGUAUUAUACGCACAAUUGGAUAGUUCGAAUCAACCAAAAUCUUUUUGUUUAUCUAACCAAAAACAGAAAAAAACAAGACACAGAAGAGUUGGUUCGGGAAGUUUUGCAGCCGUUCCAAAAUAUAGUCCUUCUAGAGAUAGACGUUAUCAAAGUGAACCGGAAAAUCGAAAAGUUAAAUUAGUUGAUACAGAAACACAAACUGAUGCCAUGGACGUGAGUGAAACAGAUGCAAGUCCAAGCGCAUUUUAUGAGUCACGCGAUAUAUCUAUGAUGCUGUCGAAUAGUGGUUUCGUAUCACCAAUUGAUGUUCCAUUAUUAAAUGAGCGCUUGAGGCAACGAAUUGAAGCUCAUAUAAUUUCAGCACCUAAUCAACAGCAGCAGCAACAACAGCAGCAUCAGCAACAACAACAACAGCAACAGCAAUCGUCUUUUACCCCAACACCAACAAGCCCAAAUGGAAAUUCAAUGACAACGAGUGAUAUAACAUUUCAGGAUGCCUGCUCUAGCCCAGAUCAAUUAAUAGAUGAUGUUAUGAACAGUAAUGAAAGGCUCGACAUAACGGAAUGCUGUAGUGACAACGAAAAUCUCGAAAGACUUGGACGUAAAGUGAUCGAAUUUAUUACCGAAAAUCGCUUAUGCAUACAGACAAACGUUAACGGACAGUCAACAACGAUAGCUACUAAUUCAAUUGAAAAUGGCAAUGGUAUGACACAGUGCAAUGACGAAGCAAAAACAACGAAUUCAAUUUUAAUAGAAGGUCAAAAAAUAGAAAUAAGCACAAACGAGAUCAGAAGUCCACGUUCCCUUAAGCAUAAUCGGCAUAUUAGAGUACAAAAACAAAAUAGUGAUUGUGUAUCGAAUGCAAAUGGUGAAUCGAAUGAAGAAUUUUGUGAUGAUAGUUGGUCUGAUGAAGAAGGUGAAGAUACAGAUUAUAACUAUGCUCUAAGAAGGCGAAGUAUUGGCCGGUUACCAAUUGGACGUGGUAUGAGACCACGACGCUCUUACAAAGCACCUCCAGCAGUAAAAAUAGCUAUACAUAAACGAUCUAUUGUUAUUGUGUCCGAUGAAGAGAAUACUUCAGAAUACAGCCAUUCACCCUCCAGUCAACAUUCAACACUUGAAAGUAAUCCUGAUGUUCCAGAGGCAUUAAAAAUAUUAAAAUCUACAGCUACAAAUACAACAGACUCAGAGGAAUCCAGUGAUCCAGAAUCCUGUGGAGAAGAUUCUGAUGAGUUACCUACAGUAUCGACCGUAUCCAAUCAAUAUAAAAAGAAAAACCAGACAUCAUUAUCAACAUGCAAUUCAAAUAAUAUAUUACAAAAUUCUUCCGUAACAUCCUCGCCCAUACCAAUUAAUAAAAUUAAGAAAAGCGACAUUAUAUCAAUACAGACUUUUGAAUCUGAUGGUGUUAUAAAUAUGGUUUAAGUUUUUAGUUAUUUUUAGUUAUUAGAAUUAUUAUUAAUAUAUUCAACGUUUACGUAGGUGUAUGUAACGUUUAUAAUAUAUGAAUUAUAUAUACUCAUUUAUAGGCUAUAUUAGCAAAAAAAAAAAAACAAAUAAUAAAAUAGAUCAACUUAACU